AUGGAUCUGAAUAGCUUGCUCAAUAACCAGAAAGACACUCGACUCUCGCUAAAUGAUCUGCAGCAACUGCUGGCACAAGGAGACAGUGUCGUCAUAUUUGAAAAGAUCCAAAACAGCACCGCGUACGAUUUGCCUAUCAACAGAGCAGACACUUUUGUGUUCUUUGAUACCUUUAUUCAAGUGAUUCUCUCCAUUAUUCACGACGACGAUCCUUACAGCGCACAACUGUCUAAAUCGAUUGUCAUUGAUUCACUUCGAAGCUGUAUCAAUGGGCUUUUGCGACAAAAUGGCAUCGAAUGGCUGAUUGAGUUUCCUAGCUACUUUUCGACCAAAACCUGGGUUGUCUUGCGCGCCAACAUCACCAUUCUUGUAUAUCUGUAUGGGCUUGUAUUGGCUAUUUGGAAUAAGCCUGAGCUGAUACGACACCGAGAAGAGUGGAUGAAAGGCAUCUUGCAGUUUGUGCACUCGAAUUCGCCCAUUGUCAUGCUGCAUUUAUGGCUGAAUUGCUGUUGUAUGCUGAAUCAGGAUGUCAACACCACAUCAGACGCCGAGGAACUGUAUUUAGUCAAGGUAGAGGCUGCUUACAGCAAUGGCAAACUAGCAGAAGAUGCAGUGAUUACGAUGAUUCGCAUGCUUCAGGAGCUUCAGGUUGAUGUGUUGGCCGAGCAAGUGAAUCAGCAGUUGGGCAGUGCGUUGGCAAGACCACCCUUCACCAAGGAUGAGUUUAUCGUGGGCAAGAUAUGCUUGGAUAAUGCGUGCAACAGUAGAUCGAAUCGAUACACAUCUAUCCGUAAAAUAUACCAGCAGAUGCAAGCCCAAACAGCACUUGAACAUGCCACAUCAGGUGAAGCCUCCAAUCCGCUCUUGAGCACAGACAUACUCGCCAGCACACCCGCCGAUAAAUAUCUACAGACAGAAGCCAUCAGAAAAGCUACGUUGUUUUGGCUCCAGAAAAUGGGCGCUCUCUAUCCACAUGAAUUCGAUUUGCACCUGAAAGAAGCCAUUCAAUCGCAUUACCCAACAGACAGAAAGACAAUUCUCGAUCUUGCCCUAGCAGACUGGACUGCAAGAGAUAGAUUUCACCGGCAUUUGGGGUUUGUGAUGGAUGUCAUUAUAGCACAAUUACAGAAAUCUCGAUACAAUCGCCGCACAUCACCUUACUAUGCCUUUGUUCAGCUGUUCAAUAUACCUGACGACCAUCAACAGCAACAGCAGCAGCAAACAUCAGAUAUCUCGUUGAAUGACAGCAGCACUUCGUACCAGACGAAAUCAGGUGCCUACAUUGAUCUCUCUGAAUUCAGCAAUUGCUCAGACGUGGUGCUAAUGGAUGGAUGUUGUUCAAUACUGCAAAAACUGACACUGAGUGGAAAUAGCAGCAGUGUGGAAGACUGGGUGGCAGACUGCCUGCAAUCAGCCAGUGCAGACAUUGUAAAGCGAUAUGCUGAAUGGCUUGCUCAAGGACUAGAAAAGGAGCUGAUUACAAAACAAACGCCAUUCAGAUUUACUCAGUAUACGAAGGUGCUGCUCAAGACGUGUGUAUCUCAAUCAGCGCAUGUGGUGCCCACCUUACUGCACACAUUUUCAGAUCAUGGGCUGGAAUGGCUGCUGAAAAAGAACACUUCAUUUGCAACAAUUCUACUGCAUUACUUUGACGAUGGUCCUCAAGUCUCCAAAGAUAUUGUGGUGCGUACGCUAUUCACAUCCAAGAGCAAGGUCUACAUGGAUCAACUUCUUGCUUACCUAAGACAGCACAUGUCAGGCACGGAUCCCAAACUACCGAGAUCGAGAUCAUGGUUUAGAAACCACUUUUUGAGUAACCUACUACUACUGGUGGGAGAAGAUACCAAGGGAAAGACUGUGGCUUCGGGUGUGUUUCGACAGUUGCUCAAGACGCGUAGUGAUUUCGAGUGGUAUUUCGCCACACCACUGGUCUCCACACAGCAAAUGACAUUCAGCACGCUGGAUUUGUGCAGCACGCACGAUGUAUAUGCCAUUAAACAUACGGGAUUAGCAGCCUUGUUGCAAGAAAUGGUGCGUCUUGGUGAUGGUGCAAAAAAGGAGCGUUUGAUCAAAGUCUGGUCUGAUUUAUGGACAUUGCCCAGAACCAACAACGAUUACAAGUUUACAGUGCCAGUGAGCUGGGUGUUGCAGUGCGCAGGGCUCUACGACCAAGCACCGGUGCUCGUCAAGCAAAUGAUCAAGAAAUUCCUGACUAUUGGUAUUCAUCAGAGUACACUCGCAGCAGCAGCAGCAGCAGCAGAUCAAGGGCAGAGCAUCCUGCCAACGGCACCAGGGAGAACGUUUUUAGAGCGCGUGAUGGACCUGAUCCUGCUAUCCGAUACACCAGAGCCAGAUAGCUUGUUUGAACUUGUGUUGAAUGUGUAUUACAGCCAAGAAGGAAGCCGCACUUUUGGAGACAUCAACUGGACCAUCAUCCACAUUUUGGUGGAAUUAGCAGAGGAGCUGGAAGUAGAAAUGCUGGUGUUAGCAUCUGCAAGCAAUUUACCGCCACCACGGCCCAAUCCCAAAAAAAUCUACAAGAAGCGAAACAAGAAAUAUAACAAGAAACAGCAUAUGAGUCGACUCAAAUUAGGUGCUACCAUGAAGAAGCAUGAAGAAGAACUGGAAAAGUACUUUCAGGAAUUGAGCGACAACACAUCCAAGAUCAACAAUGCCAUCAAGGCGCUUACCACACUGGUCCAAAGAGUGUUUAACUUUUUGCUGCGAUUGCUAAAUGAUUCAUCAACGUUCUCCACUGUCGAUUCUAACAAUAGCUGUCUUAGCAUCAAGCAAGAUAUCCAAAGAGAGCUUGUCGAAAUCCCUUUAUUCUAUGAACCGCUGGCCAAGCUGGAUAAGCUCAUCAGUGAGCCUGAAGACCUGCAUGAAGAUAUCCAAACAGUGAUAGAGUUGAGCGUCGAGUGUUUGAAAAAGAAGGCGGAUCAGGCAUUGUAUGAAGCAUCACAAAAGAUACUAUUAGCGACAUCUUGA